ACGUGAUCGAAAUGGUCCUAUGAAAAAGCGUAGUUAUUACUAGUUAUCUAUAGAAGACAAAGAUAAAUACACAACGGACCGAGAAGGCCAAUGAAAGCUGGUAGUAUCACCGUGGCUGUCUAUUCGUAAACACGAUCGCGUGUGUGGUCUGACUAUAUAAAAACGCCAGAGAUUAAGUAUAUCGGUCUAGCUAUAUCGACACUUUGCAGGUGAAACAAACCAGGUGGAGCUAUAGGAUCUUAUAGUUCGAUCUGUAAAUCCUCAUCAGGUCUAUCGCGUGAUCAAUGAAAGUAAACGUUUUAUUUCGAUCAGUUUUUGUCCGGUUUUGCUUUCUUUUCUCUUAGUGUAAACGUGAAGCGUGAGUCGGCUCACCGAGCUAAUUGCGCACGUGUGAGUUUGUGUACGAUUGUGUGUGAAUCCCUGCAUAGCGUAGAGCGCGCGUGGAACUUGUCCCUCGUCGCAGAGUGCCAACAUGACGAUAGAGCAUGAAAACGACACGAAGGUGAGGUUAAGGAGGACGAAAAGCGUGACACGGGCCGAGGAGAUCCAAAAAGCGGAAAUGUUGGCACGUAAAUCACAGCCUGACAAACCAUGUCAUCGUCCCAGAGACAGUCUGUUCUCCUGGAGCUCGGGCUUCGGCAACUUCACGGGAUUCGUCAACUGGGGCUUCCUGUUGUUGGGCAUCGGCGGAAUCCGAUUGCUCCUCGAAAAUUUCAUAAAGUAUGGGCUCAGAGUGGAUCCGUGGGAAUGGUUCCUGUUCUUCAGCGGCAAAUACGAAGGUGGCGAAGAGCAUCCGUCGAUUCUACUCAUCAUUUAUUCUACGGUACCCAUAGGCCUCUGCUUGUUGAUCGAAAAGGGCCUGUCAGUGGAUAUCAUAGCUCACGGGCCAGGAAUGGUGUUCCACGUCGUAAACCUCAUCGUGAUGGUACUGGUGCCGAUGGUGGUCAUCCACGUGAAGGAUUCCGGAUUCAGCCUGUUCGGUGCCAUGUACGUAUGUAUGCUGUACGCCAUCCUGUUCCUGAAGCUAUGGUCGUACGUACAAGUGAACAUGUGGUGUCGUCUAGGCGGCCGAAGAAAGGCAAAGAGCCAGGGCAGAAUGCGACGGAAAUCUUUGUCGUGCGAUAAUCUACAGUCUUCCAUCGCGAAGCAAAACGGCGACCUGGCCGACGACUCGAAGCACAAAGUAGACGGCAUGGUCUUGGUGCAAUAUCCGGACAACUUGAAUCUCCGUGAUCUUUACUACUACAUCCUGGCGCCUACCCUCUGCUACGAACUGAAUUUCCCCAGAACACAAAGGAUUCGGAAAAGAUUUCUAAUUAAACGAAUCUUGGAGGUGGUGGUCGGCUUGCAAGUAGUCAUGUCGCUGUUCCAGCAAUGGAUGAUCCCGUGUGUGAAGAAUUCGCUAGUCCCAUUCAGCAAUAUGGACGUGGCGAAGGCUUCCGAGCGUUUGCUGAAACUGGCCAUACCGAACCAUCUGGUCUGGCUGUGCUUCUUCUACUUGAUGUUCCAUUCGCUCCUCAAUCUGAUGGGUGAACUGUUACAUUUUGCUGAUCGAAAUUUCUACUGCGACUGGUGGAACGCGGAUAACAUCGACACCUUCUGGAGGACAUGGAAUAUGCCUGUACAUCGGUGGGCCGUGCGGCACUUGUACAUUCCCAUCAUCGAGAUCGGCUAUGGGAAAACGACCGCGUCCGUCAUCGUGUUCUUCAUCAGCGCCUUCUUCCACGAGUAUCUCGUCAGCGUGCCGUUGAAGACGUUCAAAACGUGGGCGUUCCUGGGAAUGAUGGGACAGAUACCAUUAUCACUGAUAAGUAAGAAGGUGCAGAAGCAUUGCGGCGCCAGAUGGGGCAAUAUCACAGUGUGGGCGAGUCUCAUUAUCGGACAACCACUUUGCAUAAUGAUGUAUUACCACGAUUACGUGAUAACUCACUUCGGUGAGAACCUGAUCGAGGAUUACUCCACGGUAUAGGAAACAAAGAAUCGAACGUGAAGCGAAGAUUACAGAGAGGUCGGCAAGAAGAAUUUCAGUCGGUGAAUGAGGCAAACUCGCCACUGUUCCAUCAAUCGUACUUUUCCUCUUGUUUUUCACAUCUCGCAGACUUUACCUUCGAUCCGUGUAUAAGCUAUUUUUCAAACGAUUCCUCGACGUUAACGGGAGUCUAAGUUUUUUAUUAUCUCGAUCGCGAAAAAGGAACGGUGACACUUCAUAAACGAAAUUUUAAAUCACAAGCAAAUGCCUUAAGUAUUAUGCUUCGAUUCAAGGAGUUUAGAAAUUCAUGCGCCUAGUUUAUAUCGUUGUUAACAUUUGUGAGUGUAAGCCGGUAUCCAAUAGGAAUUAUAUCUCGAUGUUUUUCUAGCAUUGCAGUUAUCUUUUUAAGGUGGAUCGAGUGGGACAGUAUGAAUAUAUUACAAUUCCUAGUGGAUUGAUACGUUAAUACAUCGAUGUUUAACUCUGCAUCAUGAGAAAGUAGCCCGAUUCAAGUUCGAGAAUUUUACAUGAACACACGAUAUGACGCAGUUAUUAUAUAAUUAUUAUUAUAAGAUAGGACAAAACGUCGUACGAUGUAUUAUAUUCUACUUCUUUUCUCAUUCAUGUGUGGUGGUGGUAAUGUUCGUGGAAUUGUUGCUGUAAGACUGUUGUUUACUUUGUUACAAGUGUUUUAUAGAUUACUACAUCUCAUGUGCAUCGCGUCUUCGUUGAUGCUCGAUCAAUCGCCUUUUCAUAAAGAUUACGAUAUUAUAAAAUUGAAAAGACCAAAUACUGUUUGCCGCGUAUCUACGCGACUGGCAUUUUAAUCGAUGGCGUGUGCCGUGCAAAAUGUAUAUUUUAUCUUUUGAAACGAUUUUAUAUUUGAUCGCGCCCGUGCCUCAUAAAUCCUCGAGCAUCCUUUACUUCACGAACGGCGAAACUCGCACGAACGGUGAUAUUAUGCGUGCAUUAAGACAAUAAUUCAGCAUAUUUUUUCUAUUUGACGAUGUUUUAUUGCUUGGAAGGGAGGUAAGAGCGCAUCGAGGGAAUAUUAGCCGUAAUAAAUUUAUCCCGGGUGCAGUUUGCUGUUGCGUAUUCGGUAAAUAUUUCAGGCCAACCGUUGCGUAUCACGAAGGAGCAGCUGCCGAGGAUUUAACGAGGCAACUUGGUGCCAGUUGUAUACGAACAUACGAUUUUGUAGAUUUCGUCCUGCGCUCCCGCUCGCGUGCUGUACGAGCGCGACUGGUUGUCGAAUAAACGAGAUCUUUGUUACCA